AUGGCCUCGACCUCCAGCAGCACGUCGCCCGACGUUCAGGUGCUGAUGGGCAAAGGCAAACGCGGAGCCGCGGCCUACAUUAGCUUGACCACUGGUUUAGACACCGGUGGCUGUCCGCCGUAUCUCAAUGAGCUGUUGGAUGUUCUGCUGAAUCCCAGCAAACCCAUCGACGACUGGGAGACGAUCGACUGGUGCAAAUGGCUCAUGGCUGGUGGCCGGACACCAGACGAGUUUGCCAGUACAGUGCGCACUUAUGAUAAUGCUACCACCUGUGGUCUUGUAUGGACUCCAAACUUCGUAGCAUAUCGCUGUCGCACUUGCGGCAUAUCUCCCUGUAUGUCCUUGUGUACCGAGUGUUUCAAAAAGGGAAAUCAUCAUCGUCAUGACUUUAACAUGUUUCUCAGCCAAGCAGGUGGUGCAUGUGACUGUGGCGAUACAUCUGUGAUGAAGGAGACUGGAUUUUGUGAUAGGCAUGGUCCAAAUGCUUCUGUAAAUAAAUCAGUCGCACCAUCUGAUCUGAUGUGCGUAGCAGAGGCAAUGAUGCCCAGAAUUAUUCUUCGACUUAUACAACAUUUACGUGAAAAUUGUAAAAUGGGAGUGCCAGAUUAUAGAGGUGCUAUACACGAGGCGGACGCAUAUCUGACCAUGUUGCUCGACUUGAACAACAUGGGCGCAUUAAUGAGGCAUGUUAUGACGUCAGCCCUCACAAAUCCGCAAAAGUACCGAGGGCUCAUGGAUCCCUCCGUUUUAACGGGACAAUCGGAAUAUGACAACUAUUGUCAAGAUAGCAAUAAAAUAUAUCAACAUGCUGUGAAAUCACUACCAAAUCCCGAACCUCCAGACGAAUAUAAAGAAUGUGUGUCACUUCAAGAGCACUUAGAACACACAACAUUUUUGGAAGAACUGAUGUUCUGGACCGUGGCUUACGAGUUUCCGCAAAAAUUGGUUUGCCUGCUUUUGAAUAUGUUGCCGGAUCCUGAUUACAAGGAAGCUUUGACUCGCGCCUUUGUGUUACACUAUAGCAGAAUCUCGAUGAUGCUUGAGCGUUCCACGGACCCAGACACAUUGAGUAACAGGGUUGUGCAUGUCAGCGUGCAGCUAUUUAGUAACGAAAAGCUAGCAUUAAGGAUGGUUGAUCAAUUGAAGUUAUUACAUGUUAUGGUUAUUAGUUUGAAAUACAUGAUGAGCAAAAUACAAAUUCAAAACACUUUGCAUGAUCCGGAUAAUAACUUCCAUUAUGUCGUGGAUUGCGGACGUCAAGUGAUGAAGGAGCACUGUUACUGGCCACUGGUUUCCGAUUUGAACAACGUGCUUUCACAUAAGCCAGUUGCUGUUAGAUUCAUGAGCGAUAAAACUCUCCUGAAAAUGUGGUUUGAUUUCCUGUCCAUGUUUCAAGGCAUGAAUGUCAACCAGAGGGAGUUGAGCCAGCAUGUCGAGUUUGAACCCAACACAUAUUAUGCGGCGUUCAGCGCCGAGCUGGAGGCCAGCGCGUAUCCGAUGUGGGCCCUAGUGUCGCAUCUUCGUGGACCCGAGAGUGCGGCAUUAAGUCGGCGAGUGGUCGAGUUCUGCCUCACAGCUUUGCAGGAAUGGCUUGAUGCCGUGAAUUAUACGUAUCCGAAUGUGAGUGACAGUCUACAAGUAUCAUUUCAUCUACCGCUUCAUCGAUACCUCGCGGUGUUCAUGUGCCAGGCGAUUAGGCAGCAGGGAGCAACUCUGCUCGAAUUAUUGCCACCCACGGAUGAGUUGCAUCUUAUCAUGAUGCACCCGCUGCGAGUGCAGGUGGCCUUCUAUGAAAUUUUAAAUGGAUUAUGGGUUCGCAAUGGAUUGCAAAUAAAGGGCCAGGCAAUGACCUAUAUUCAAUGUAACUUCUGCAACUCCAUGGUUGACGCUGAUCUGUAUCUGUUGCAAAUCUGCGCUACGAAAAUACUGCCAGAUGUCUUUCUGAAAACCGUCAUCGAAAAGUUUCACGUGAGGGAAUGGAUGAGUCUAUGUCUGUAUCAUGCCCCACAAAAUGAAUAUCUCGAGGGCGAGCAUGAUACCCCGAUGUUGGAAAGUUGCCUAACAUUUUUGGCUACAUUAGUUAACGUCAGAACAAAUCUCGGUUUGUCGGAUCCUGAAAUGUCUCGUCUUGAAAUGGUGACUUUAUUGUGUAUGGGUGAUAAGACGCACAGUCAAUUGAUGGAACUGAUGCCGGAACGCUGUGGAACUACUCAAAAUAGAGAUUUUGAAUCUGUUUUAGCUGAAGUAGCGCAAUAUAGAGCCCCGAAUCUCGAAGCAAGUGGUAACAUGCAGCAAGGUAUGUAUGGGCCAAAGGCUUGCGUAUGGGACGAGCUGUUCGAUCCUUUACACGUUUUGUUGAGAGCAGUCCAUAGAAGAGACUUUCAAGUAUCUAUGGAUCGUUUCACAGAAUACGUGAAGCAGUCGGGCAAGCUGAAAAACAGUGCGACUCCCUGGCCGCCAUUUAGGCAACCCGCUCCGGUUUCGUCGGACUAUGACGAUCCUCGUCUAGUCUUACGUUCCAGAGUUUUUCACGCUAUGAUUCUGAUAAUACUCUAUAAGGCUGUGAAUGGGCAUAACAUAUCUGAACAUGUUAUGGCAUUGGCUAUUUAUCUUCUAGAAAUGGCAGUUAUUACUGCGGAACCGCCGGACAAAUCUAUGAGUCCUUUAUGUCAAUAUACCGGUGGCACUUCUCGUGUCAUAAAGGAUAUGGAUUUGGCAGGAUGGUACGAAAGUGAUAGCUUGUCUGAAAAUCUGAGGACAGUGAUACCUCGAGUGAUUCUAGUCCAAGAGUCAGAGCCUAGCAGCUCAGACAGUGAAUUCGAGUGGGAGAUUCUUCAAGGAGAGAUGAGUGAAGUAGCGACAUCCUUGAUGUUGAAUGACGGCGUGGAUGAUGGCGCGGAGGAAGUCUCUUUGGAACUGUUAGGAUUUUCUGUAGAAUCCGCUAGAGAUGACAAUGGUGCGUCGAGUGCAAGUGCAUCCCUGCCGGCUUUACUACCGCCAGUCGAGAGUGCUGCAUCUCUGCCAGCAUUACCAUCAACGAGUGUGGAAUACGAUGUGUCAAUUGUACCUGAAGACGGAAUCGUCGCCAUAGCUCGUAGUAACAGCGAGGAUGAUUUAACGAUACCUCUCCAAAGAGCUUUGCCUCCAUCUGUGGAAGAAUCCAGGAGAAGAAUCCGUCUAACAAUUGAAUCUCCUCCUUCACCAAAUAAUAUCGGUGAUCAACCAGCAUUACCACCCGUCCCUCAACGUGCAGCAGUUGUAACCGGAAACCAAAUGAUCACAAUACGCUCGGUACAGCCAGUACACCCGGCUAAUUACAGGACUACAGAAAUUGUUCCAUCCACGUCGAAUCCUCACAAACAUUUUAAAAGGAGGGAGCUACAAGGUGGACCACCAAUGCAACCGCAAUCUGUAAAAGUAGGAGAGAGUAUAAUAUCCUUGCUGUUAAAGCUACAUUCUCAAUUAUCGGGCGUACCAGAUAGUUACAAUCCCGAACAAAGUACAAUGUUUGACAAUGAAGCCAGUAGUAGCAGCAGCAGCAGCAGCAGCAGCAGCAGCAGCAGCAGCAGCAGUUGUAGUUCUUUUACAUCAUUGUUGCCUAGUGAAUCACGAAUUGGCGAUGGACCGUUCUUCAUAUCGCAACUACUUAGAAAAAUAGCCGAUUUAGAUCCCAUGUGUAAACAGACGAUCAUUGAGACUAGGAACAAAUUGUGGCCUCGUAUGCAGGAACGCGAGGAAGAUGAGCAACGCGAAAGAGAGAAUCGUGAACGGGAGGAACGACGAAGAAGGGCAAAGGAGAGACAGCAGAAGCUGAUGGCAGAAUUUGCUAAUAAGCAGAAGCAAUUUAUGGAAAAAGCGAUGAAGACCGAGGAAGCAAGUGCAUCUGGAAUGGACUGGGAUCAGGAGGAGAACACGACUAAACUUGCUAGUAAAAAGGAGUAUCAUUGUGCGAUAUGUAAUCAAACUACUCCCAGCAGUGAGGACAAACCGAUGGGACUCGUUGUAUUAGUUCAAGCAACUAGUAUUGUUGGACACGAGCGACAACAACCGGAUAGGCUAGUUCUUCCCACAUCCGACGAGGAUCCACCUAUACCGAAGGGAGAUACCCGAGGUGCUCAUUAUGAGCGCAGAAUGGACGAGAUGAACCGUUUAUUUGAUACAACAUCUUGGUUAAUUUCGGUUAAUCAGGGAUGGGAGGGUGGUGUCCAUGUACAAACAUGCGGUCAUCAUCUGCACUUGGACUGUUUGAAAUCCUAUUUAGAAUCUCUUCGUAGUCAGCAACGGCAACAGAGUUUAGCGGUGGAACGGGGCGAGUAUCUGUGUCCGUUGUGUCGGCAAUUAGCCAACUCUGUUUUGCCUCUGUCGCCGCAAUUAGGCGAAUGCUCGGCGGUGGUGCGAUCUCGUCAUGCUUCUAUAAAGACUAUAUUCGCAGAUUUGAACACUUUUCUCAAAGAGAUGCAACGAAAUCAUAUUUCUUCGAAUCUGACUGCGGCGAUGGGGAAGGCCAUGGAAGAUAUGACAAAUUGCACGCAACUAAAGUAUAAGCAAAAGAACUGUAAACCUAGUCAUCAAAGCUUGUUCCUUCUUGUAACUUCAAUUGCUCGAACUAACUUUGAGAUUGAACUUGUACAACGCGGCGGAUCAUUGUGCGUUCCACCACCUACUACAAUACCUCUGAUGCCUAAACGCGAUUGUAUAGUUGCGCUUCUUCAUGUUUUGGCGAUGCACGCUCGAGUACUGACUACGUGGCCAGUGCACGAAGUAUGGCAGCAGCUAUCUGGCAUAUCGAUGGAAGAAUCUGCAUCCUCGCUCGCUUUGACGCCACACUUGAGACAGGUCCCUCUGCUUUUGCGAGAUCCAACCGCCAUGCUCAUUCAAGUUAUAUUAUUGUUGCCGUUGCACUUGGACCAAGCAUACUUUUCCGGAGUGGUAAAGGUCCUUUACAACUUGCUGUACUAUCAAGUAAUACUACAAGUAAGCUAUAACUUCUCACGAGCAGAGCGAAAUACGAUUGUGAAGAGAAAAUGUAGCUGCGCCGCUACGCCCUCGGAGACUAUACUGGCCGAGAUGAUUGAAUAUUUCAGCGAGAGUGGACUCUAUCCCGGCACGGACGACGACAAACCGUCUACUUCAGCUUCUCCUACUUAUGUCAAAGUGAAAUCGCACUGCAUCGAGCAACAAAUCCAAUCAUUGUGCUUGCCGUUCUUGCGAGUGGCCGCAUUGCUGCGUCAUCAUCUGUAUGAACAACCGCUGCCACUGAUCAGAACAUCGCAGAGCGAGUUUGUGAGACUAGUAUAUUAUUUGGAGCUAGUCACCGAAGGCAUGAGCUGGGACAGUUUUGACUCAACGGUAGCACUAAACUGGCAAGACUCAGAGGUGGCCGUUUCGGUGCCUUUCUUCUGGUGCGAUCAGUUGAUCGCGUUUCUCGCCAAUUGGCGAGGCCACCAACCGGCUCGAAACCUGAUAAUAGAGCAGCACAUAUCGUGGCAUGUGCCGAAGCUACUUCGUCUUCCAAGGGAAUACGAGAAAAUCUUCACGUAUUACCAUGAGCGACAAUGCAGUCAGUGUCAUUCUGUACCGCAGGAGAUCAGCAUCUGUUUAUUGUGCGGUACUAUCGUCUGUCUUAAACAAAACUGUUGCAAACAGAUGAAUGUGUGCGAAGCUAUUCAGCAUUCGAUCGACUGCGGAGGUGGUACUGGCAUCUACCUCGUAGUGACCUCGACUUAUAUUAUCGUGAUACGCGGUCGACGAGCAUGUUUAUGGGGUUCUCUAUACCUCGAUGAUUUUGAGGAAGAAGAUAGAGAUUUAAAACGUGGCAAGCCUCUGUACCUCAGCCAAGACAGGUAUCAGCUUCUGGAACAGCAGUGGCUAGGACAUAAAUUCGACCAUACGAAGAAAACAUGGGUAUGGCAUCGCGAUGCUCUGUGACCCAUUACGAUGUUGUCGCAUGUCGCUCGUCACUCCUAAUCUUAGAAUCAAAGAUUCUUCCUCCCUUUCUCUCCGUCUCCACUCCCGCGACUCCUACAAUUUAUUCUCAUACAAAAAUGCCUCGCCCUCCCCCGCAAUGUAAUGUUCGUGCGCUUUAGAUUGAGAUUAAGGGAGAUAGAUCGUCCUUAACGGAUAUUAUAUAUUUAUUACACAAUCGUAAGUAGUAAACAUAAAUGAUGAAUGAAAGUAUUAAGAAAACGAACACUCGUCUCAAAGGGAGAAUAAAUUUUGUUCAUAUAGUUGCGCGUAAUAAAACUUGCAUAAUAAUAUGUACUAGAUCUGUAGAAAUUGUGUAUGCUCUCAAAUGAAAAACCUGUACAUUUUAUUUAAAUAUAUAUGCAGCUGUUUUUAUUUUAAUCUUUCCGUGCAAUUGUCUUCAAAAUUCAUAGUUAUUGAGACAAAAGAAUUUAAAUCAAAAUUACACAUUUUUAUUUGGCCUGUACUUAAAAACUGUAAUUUUGAUAGUAUACAUAUUAAUGUAUUUUAAUAUUUAUUGUAUAUUAAAAUGCAUUUAUAUUAAAAUAAAUAUAUAUUUUUGCGCAAUAGCCAGCAAUCUCGGAGAUCAUUAUAGGGAAAUAUUAAAAUGAGAUUCCUGUAUAUAUACAUACAUACAUACAUACAUACAU